CAAGUUAUAAGAUCGAUCGAAUGCUUUUCUGUGAUAGCGUGCACAGGUAUAAAAUGCGGACGACAGACAGUCACAAAAUACUCUGUGACUGAGACAUAAACUCACGUUUAUUGAUUCAGAUCGUUGGCUGUCUCAGGCAAAUCUACCCUGCUGUCAAGAUUGAACGGACGUGUUGUGGCCUCUUCACAAACCUUCAGCUCCCGGUACAAGCGUCAAACCAUUUACAUCGAGACGCGGGUAAUGAUGCAGAGACGAACAGAAAAGGGGAUCGUCCUUUCGACGUUUGUCCUGUUACUCGUGGUUCUUGUAUAUCAGUUUUAUUGGACUGAGUUGUCAAAGCUGAAUCAUGCACGGAUUUCAGCAACUUCACCAUCUGGGGAUAAUAAUGGGGAUGUCCCCUAUACCGUACGUCAGAACAUAUCUGCUGCACGUGACAAAUGGCUGAUCCUAUCAACGGUUGCUGAGAUGAACGACAUCAGAGUGGCAGGGUGGAGAGUAUUGUUGCUGGAAAGGUCAACCAAAUCAGAAUCUGCUUGCAGGUUACCAUGGUGUGUUACAAUGAACACAAUAAGCACAUCAGAUGAAGAUGCUGAUGAUGUAAACAAGGCUUACAUCUAUGCCAUAUCUCACAGAGCAAAUGUCGUGUGUCUCCUUCAUCACGUGAAUACACUUGUGUCGGAAACCUUGAAGAGAAUAGCUGAUGAUCUUCCCCGGUCUGGCUUAGUUCUUAUGACAAACAAAACGUUCUUUGAACCAACCAUUACUGGAAACAAAUCAAACAGUCUCUUGAAAGAGAACUCGCCAUUUAAUGCAUUUUACAUUGAAGAUCAUGUAAACGCUUUGAUGCUAUCAGUAUACUUUCCCCAAAUGCAUAGAAGACGUACAGGCACAACACAAGAACAGGCCACAUAUUCUGAAUCAAUUAAUGUACAACCCCCAAUAUUCCUUCCAUUCAAAACAUUCACCUUCUUUAGUUCAGAUCUGAUGAUUUUCCAGUACAGUGCCCUCUGGGCUCUUCCUUUGAUGGGUGUCAACAAUGGGGAUCUUAUGGCGCAACGGGUCUUAUGGGAUAUAGGGGGCAGAGCUGGGAUUUAUCCCUUGUCUGUACAACAAGAAUUGGAGAUGACACUCUAA